UUUUGUUAGUUUGCCCUUACCUUUGCUAUUUCUAAAAUAAUAUUAAAAUUGGAAAUUACAAAAGAGCGAAAUAUGGCUUUAGGUAAUCAAGUGCAUUGCCAAUUAUGGAUGGGAAGUCUGGAGCCCUAUAUGACCGAAAGUUUCAUCCUCAACUCAUUCCGGAAAAUGGGCGAAGCUCCAUUGAACGUCAAAGUAAUGCGUAACAAGUUUACUGGGGAACCAGCGGGCUAUUGUUUUGUACACUUUGCCACUGACGAAGAGGCCAUUGACGCUAUGCACAAAUUAAACUCGAAACCCAUUCCUGGAACAACGCCCAUUGUACGUUUCAGGUUGAAUAAUGCUAGCAACAAUAUGGGACGUCAACUUAUUGAUAGGGAGUUCUCAGUUUGGGUCGGGGAUUUGAGUCCUGAUGUUGACGAUUACAAUUUAUACAGAGUCUUUUCGUCUAAAUAUAAUACUAUUAAGACUGCAAAAGUUAUAUUAGACAACAGCGGAUUCAGCAAAGGAUAUGGAUUUGUCAGGUUUGGAAGCGACGAUGAAAUGAGGGACAGUUUAAUCACAAUGAACGGAUACAUUGGUCUUGGAACCAAAUCUUUGAAAAUCAGUAACGCAGUUCCCAAACCUAAAGGACUUGAGGAUACUCCUACAACGCCUUCUCCUGUCUCUGCUGUUGCUACUGUUUUCAAUCAGUAUUAUGACUCAGCUGCAUAUUGGCAAAAUUAUGCUGCAAACUGGCAGCAAGGGUACUAUGAUCCUACCGCUGCAGCAGAAAUGCAACAAGCUGCCUAUGCUCCUAUGCCAGAACAGGAAAAAGAAGACGAUUUAGAAUUAAUAGAACACACAGUACCAUUGGAUAUUGACAAGUUGAACCAGGAAGUAAUGGAUAAUGACUGCCUAUUAUGGGAUGCCCUGGAAAGUUCCAAAUGGGAACCAUUUGAAUUGUAUGAUAUGAUUAGAUUCCUAGAAACCACUAUUUUCUAAAAUCGUAUCAAAUAUUAUAUUAUAAAAUAAUCAUAAAUAAAGUAUAAUCUCGAA